CAUGAAGAAGAGGAAGAGGAAAGCUGGCAGCGGAUGUAGAAAAAAUUCCAACAUGGAGGUUGAUGGCAUUGAUCAUAUGGAGGUCGGGGAGACUAAAGGUGGCUCAGGUCUCAGACAGUACUACUUGUCCAAAAUAGAGGAGUUACAGUUGACAGUCAACGAAAAGAGCCAGAAUCUCAGACGCCUACAGGCACAGAGGAAUGAGCUCAAUGCUAAAGGUAAACAGCACCUCAUGACAACAGCAUACACAUGGGGGAAACAUCCAGUUUUUAAAGUUCUGACCCUUUCCUUAGUGCGUCUCCUUCGUGAGGAGUUGCAGUUGCUCCAGGAGCAGGGUUCCUAUGUAGGAGAAGUUGUUAGAGUUAUGGACAAAAAGAAAGUUUUGGUCAAGGUGCACCCAGAAGGAAAAUUUGUUGUGGAUGUGGACAAAAACAUUGACAUUAAUGAUGUGACGCCAAAUUGUCGUGUUGCGUUACGUAACGACAGCUACACCCUGCACAAGAUUUUACCCAACAAGGUGGACCCUCUGGUGUCCCUCAUGAUGGUGGAGAAGGUGCCGGACUCCACCUAUGAGAUGAUUGGUGGCUUGGAUAAGCAGAUUAAAGAAAUUAAGGAAGUGAUAGAGCUGCCUGUCAAGCACCCGGAGCUGUUUGAGGCUUUAGGCAUCGCACAGCCGAAGGGUGUGCUGCUGUACGGACCCCCUGGAACCGGAAAGACCCUGCUGGCUAGAGCUGUGGCCCAUCACACCGACUGCACCUUCAUCAGGGUGUCUGGCUCUGAGCUUGUCCAGAAGUUCAUAGGAGAGGGGGCUCGUAUGGUGCGUGAGCUAUUUGUCAUGGCCAGAGAGCACGCUCCCUCCAUCAUCUUCAUGGAUGAAAUUGACUCCAUUGGCUCGUCGCGGCUGGAGGGCGGAUCAGGUGGCGACAGUGAGGUGCAGAGGACAAUGUUGGAGCUGCUCAACCAGUUGGACGGCUUCGAGGCCACCAAGAACAUCAAGGUGAUUAUGGCCACAAAUCGUAUCGACAUCCUGGACUCUGCUCUGCUCAGGCCGGGCAGGAUCGACAGGAAGAUCGAGUUCCCCCCUCCGAAUGAAGAGGCUCGGUUGGACAUCUUGAAGAUCCACUCCAGGAAGAUGAACUUGACUCGCGGGAUUAACCUGCGGAAGAUUGCAGAGCUGAUGCCCGGCGCCUCAGGGGCCGAGGUCAAGGGUGUUUGCACAGAGGCAGGGAUGUACGCUUUGAGAGAGCGGCGAGUUCACGUCACCCAGGAGGACUUUGAGAUGGCUGUGGCAAAGGUUAUGCAGAAAGACAGUGAGAAGAACAUGUCAAUCAAGAAGCUGUGGAAGUAAAAAGGCCUUCAACACGUGUAAUAUCCUUAUUUUGUUUGUAAUUGUUAUAGAAAUUGUGUUGGUGUAAGUAAAUGGUUUCCCUCGUAA